CACCCACAGGGCGCUUCAGAAAUCACGGGGAUUUCUCAUCCUGUCUUUCUUCCAGGGGCACCUAAAAGAUGGCAUCCUCCCCCUCCCCCUCCCCCUCCCCUCCCCUCCCCUCUGGCUUCUCACUGCUUGCUGCUGUUUGGGGGCUUCCCUGCACCAGAGAGAUUAUCUUUAGUGCCAGGCCCACCUGGGGACCAAAGUGCAGGAGGCAGAGAGAGACGUGUGCAUUGCAGCCGCGGGCAGGACAACAUCUUCUCCUGGACAAGGUCUCUUCCACCUGAGGGUCAGAAGAUGGCUCGGCAGAAGCAGCUGGAGGCCCUGAGCGUCUUCCAGUGGGUCCUCACCUUCCUCUUCUUUGGUGCCUUCUUCUCCGUUCUCCUGGUCUACCUGCUUUUCACCUCCUACUGGUCUAUCAGCGUCCUGUAUUUCGCCUGGUGGAUCUUCGACUGGGAUACGCCAGAGAGAGGUGGGCGCCGCAGCAACUGGAUUAGGCGCUGGAGAGUCUGGGAGCUCCACCGGGAUUAUUUCCCCAUCAAGCUGGUGAAGACGGCCGAGCUGCCCCCGACACGGAACUACGUCCUGGGCUCCCACCCCCACGGGAUCAUCUGCGCGGGGGCUUUUUCUGCCUUCUGCACCGAGGCCACAGGCUUCUCCCGCACCUUCCCUGGCCUCCGGCCCAGCCUGGCCGCCCUCGCAGGGCUGUUCCACCUGCCUGUCUACCGGGAGUACAUUAUGGGCUUUGGGGGUGUCCCGGUCAACAAAAGGUCCCUGGACUUCCUCCUGAGCGGGGGCCCUGGCCAUGCAGUGGUCAUCGUGGUGGGGGGCGCGGCCGAGUCGCUGGACUGUGCCCCUGGAGAGCAGCGCGUCCGCCUUCACGGGAGGAGGGGAUUCGUACGCCUGGCGUUGCAACAUGGGGCUGACCUGGUGCCCGUUUACACCUUUGGGGAGAACGACAUUUUCCGACAGAUCCGAUUCCCCGAGGGCAGCUGCGCUCGCCGCCUCCAGCUGGGUUUCAAGCAGCUGCUCGGCUUCGCCCCUUGCCUCUUCAGCGGGAGGGGCCUCUUCUCCAGCCGCUCCUGGGGGCUCCUGCCCAUGGCUGCCCCCAUCACGGUGGUGGUGGGGAAGCCCAUCCCGGUCCCGCUCCGCCCGCGCCCCACCGAGGACGAGGUGAACAGCUUCCACGCUCUCUACGUCGAGGCCCUGAAGCAGCUCUUUGACGCCCAUAAAGAAUCCUGCGGCCUCCCGUCGUCCCAGCAUCUCCUCAUCACCUAGACUAGAGGGACCGGACUUCAGCUGAAGCAGCACCAGGGGACACAAGUUGUGGGGGAGACACCAGGGAGACUUUGCCGUCGUCCCCAUCUGCGCACACCAAUAAUCAAUCCAUCAGUCUCCUUAACUGGCAUACAGAGUACAAAAGUAUAUAAGACAAGGCAUACAACUGGAGUCUGCUUAUAGAACGAUAUUAUUUAAAAUAAAACUAA